UACUUCGUGAUUUGCACCAACAUGUCUCCUCUCGGCAACCCUUAUGACACACCUUUAACAUCCUACAAUUCUCGACCUUUUGAUCCUUCCCAGAUCCUAAACCGCGAUCCUCAGGAAACGGAAAUGUAUAUAAACGCCCAGACAAAAGCGCCCUCGCAAUCUCCUUCAAAUUCUAGUCGGGUCAGCAAAGCCUUAAAAGGCAAGAGAGUACAUAUUUGCGAGUACCCUGGAUGUCCAAAGGUUUUUACCAGAGCCGAACAUCGCAGACGGCAUGAGCUCAGCCACCAAUCGAGGAAACAAUAUACUUGCACAUAUCCCGGGUGCGGAAAGGCCUUCCACCGUCCUGACUACUUGACCCAGCACAUAUCCCGACAUUCGUCCUCGUCCCCCAGGGUCGGAAGAUCUUGCGCGGAAAGCGACACAUCAUCUCGCCCAUUAAGUAUACAGGAGACGCAGUCGCAACCGAUUCAUUCGCCUCCCAUGCCUUUCCAACUUGAGUCCAACAACUACUCUCGGACAUGGGGAAGCAUGGAUUCUUCGAUAACCUGUUCUCAGAACUCACCGAGUCAGGGCGACUCUCCAGUAUCUGUCGAUGGACACGCAUCUCCUUACUCAUUCACAAAUGAGAGGUGCAGCUCACCAGUCUCGACCGAAUCAUAUACCAACACCGACACUCAAUAUCCUGUCUCGGGUCUCCCUGUCGAGCUGGUGACUAGCAUCGACCAUUACCUUCGCAGCAUUCUGAAGCCUGAGGCUUUCGCUUCGUCUCAUCAGCAGCUGAACCCCACAAUCUGGAACACGGAUACAAUUGAUAUCGAUCCAAUUUUGACUAAGCCAGAGAGCCCACAGUUGUCACUUUAUUCAUGGCCUCCCGCAAACGGCUUAUCAUACGAGAACACCCAGAUGAAUCAUUAUCAGUCUACCCGUCAUUGA